AUGCCAGCGAUGCCAGCAACACCCACUGCCGCCGGCCGGAGAGUCCGCCGACAGAACCCGACUGUGCGGCCGUCCGGAACAUGGGCAUCGACAGCACCCGCAUCCCGAUUCAAGCCCAUGACGAUUCGCGUGGUGACAUCCGAGGACGAGGCCAGCAGCAGCAGCGACGAGAGCGACCUCACGGAUCACGAUGUCGACAUGGACGGCUUCGACGACGACGAUGUCUUUAUGCCCAUUGUUCAAGCCACGGCCACGGCCGUGCCGGUCAAGACACAACGGGCACAGGCUGCGAGGACGGUCCGGAAGACGGCCAAGCCGGUGUUGUCAGGGGCAAUGUCGACGACAACAGGCAGCAGGAGCCGCAAUGGCACGGCUUGUCCACAGGAAGAGGCCUUUCCGCCAGCAUUGGUUGCGUGA